GACAAAAUUCCACGUUUAAGACUACCAGCAAAGGAGACAGUAUUUUGAGUAUCUGAGUGUUGGAGAUUGAUCACCAACCGACAAAUUCUGUGAGUCUGACUGACCUGAUGCCAUAAGAAGAGGACAACUCAACUGAAACAUCAGCUGAUCCUCUACUCUAUACUGAUGAAUGUUAGUUGGCAGCUUCCAAUUCUGUGCCAUCACUGGGAUUGGGUAUUAUUCGGAGGUUAAAAAACGCCAGUCCUUGGACUAAUUGGCCUGGCUUUUAACUUUGGCAUACCACAUGGCUGCAGCAGCAACUUGACACUUGGAUAGUGUCAUGCCCAUAUCAGCAAAGUUUUAUCUGAAAUCGGGGCCUUAUGUCUUAGAUUACACUGAAUUUAUCAUUUGGUAUAUCUGUAGUUAAGUACAUUAGAUCAAGGUUCAUCUCACCCAGGGAUUAAUGCUGAUCAAAACAUUUUAGUACUUUUGUCAUGCAGGGAAUCUGUGGACACAACAGAAACAAGCUGGCAACUCAGACUGUAGGUGAAGCUGACCUCAUAGCCUCCCCAUCUUUAUUAAUGAUCCCAUGAGAAGUCAGAUAGUCGAGUGUCAGUUUACCACAUGUCCUUUUAAGAGAUCUAAUAGCAGCUGAUAUUGCCAAUAUGGCCGUCUGGGUGAGCGCAUGCCUGUAGCCGCGCCAGCGUUGUCGUGGCUGGCCGUCGCAGGACGGUCAUCUUCCUCGGCCAUGACCCGGCUGAUGUUGGGCCGGACUCUGGAGCGCAUCUGUAAAGGCGUCCUGCUGCUCUGCCUGCUCCACUUCCUCAUCAUGAUGAUCCUGUACUUCGACGUCUACACGCAGCGCUUCGACCUCUUCAGCCGCUUCAACAACGGUCGCAACGGAUCCAGGAAUAACGUCAGCGGAGCAGCAGGGAAUGGACAUCAUUUUUACUAUUACAACCUUUCCAGGCCAAACGCAACGUUAGCCAGCUACCUGGCCACAGGCGAGCAGCUGGUGCCGAGUGUGCAGCCCGAGACCAAUCAGACACCUUCCCCGAAACCACUGCCACCGUGCCCUGAGAACCCGCCCGGCCUUGGUGGCAAUCAUCAUCCCGUUCCGUCACAGAGAAAACCACCUAAAGUACUGGCUCCACUACCUCCACCCGAUCCUCCGACGGCAGAGGAUUGACUACGGCAUCUACAUCAUCAACCAGCUGGGUGAGGACACUUUCAACCGUGCCAAGUUGCUGAACGUUGGCUACACAGAGGCUUUGAAGGACGGAGAGUACGACUGCUUCAUUUUUAGCGACGUGGACCUGAUCCCAAUGGACGACCGCAACCUCUACCACUGCUACGACCAGCCAAGACACUUCGCCAUCGCCAUGGAUAAGUUUGGCUUCAGGCUGCCCUACGCAGGCUACUUUGGAGGGGUUUCAGGCCUCAGUAAAAAACAGUUUCUGAAGAUCAACGGCUUCCCCAAUGAGUACUGGGGCUGGGGAGGAGAGGAUGACGACAUCUACAACAGGAUCACUCUGAAUGGGAUGAAGGUGUCCAGGCCAGACGUUCGCAUUGGCCGCUACAGAAUGAUUAAACACGAGAGAGACAAACACAACGAGCCCAACCCACAGAGAUUUAAUAAAAUACAGAACACGAAGAACACGAUGAAGAAGGAUGGUAUCAGCUCUCUGACCUACAGAGUGAUUCAGUUCAAGAGGUACCCUCUGUACACAAAUAUCUCUGUGGAGAUCGGCAAACCACCACCCCGGCCUUUUAAGGGCUAGAGAGAGAGAGAGGGAGGGAGAGAGAGGAAGAUGAGGGGGUCAACUCACCUUGACUGGAAGGAAAAAAUAAUAAGAAGAAGAGAGCUUAUAAGAAUGAAACAAAGAGGGAACACAUAUCCUGGAAAGAUACGGGAGUGUAAGAGAGAGGAAAAAGUCAAAAGCACACACUGGUCUCUUUCUCCCUCUUUACCCCUCUCUUUGUUUUUGUUUUUAGAUUUCAGCCAUUUCUUUAACCAGGACUCAGGCUCUUUCCUCCUACAACUUUUUCAAGCAGCCAAUGGCUUCACACCUCCUACCUUUACCAAUCAGUGACUUCAGAAUCAAAGAGUGGACCAAAAGCUCAAAUAUCAGUGGCUGACCAAAAGGGUUGGUGUCAAACUUGACUGAAAGCUGAAACUUGGGAGUCUUUCCAUUAAUAAUCAUUUGUAGACUGGAGGUGAUUCAAUGGCAUAUCGACGGAGGGUAUUGAUGGGAGCUAUUGUUGGAUGAUUUCAUUUGAAACUUUGGAACGUUUUCAUGGCCUGUCCUGAAAAUACUGGAGAGCAUCGAGUUGGAUUUCUUGGAAUAUUUGACCCAGGUCAUAUAGAGAAAAAGAAAAAAUGGGCUUUUUACGUGGAUACAGAGACAGAAAUACCUGCUGGUUUCCACCUGAUGGACAACAACCUUACAAAUGCCAUCAAAAAUUUUACUUUCCAAGCAUUCACAGUGAUGGUCAAGAUAAUGGAGAUUUCCAUUAGUUGUAACUGUAACAUUAACUAAAUAUGGUGACAUGUAGUGAUGGUCGAUGGAAUUUCAUCUGAUGGAUUACAUUUCAAAGAAAUCAGCCGGCUCACAGACGAUUGAACAUUGACUUUUUUGUCAGGGAGUCACCUGUUUGGAUCUACUUACUCAAUCAAAUCCUCCGGUAUCAAUUAAUGAAUGUGUAUUGUGCCUGCAUCUACCGCAGGAGACUCAAAAACAGUGCUGGGACACGCUGAUAAAACAUGUUCGUCAGCAGCAACAAACUCCUGAGAACUCUCUUUUCGUUCUCUUUUUUUAUAUAUAUAAACUAAAACUUUGGAAACGUACUUAGUGGAGUGACGGAAAGGUUUCGCAAAAGUAAACAUAUUGAAGAGAUGAAAAGUUUUCUCCUGUGCUGAAUGCGGCGUGGUGGAACUACUUUGGGAACACAUUUGAAAUCAAAUCGAGGAACUGAAGACAACAAGGCAAAUAUAUACUGAGUCAGUCAUGAUUGUAACCCCAUGUGACAGAUAUUGGAGAUUAGGUUCCUGGAAACUUGUUUUUUUCCACCCCACUUGAACAAGGUUUUAUUUUGGUAAUCUGUGCUUUAAAGGUACAUUUGUGUCUGGACAAGAUGUAAAUGGCCUUGAGGUACAAUAAUAUUCCUUAAAGUACAGAUUUGAUUUAGUAGAAAUAUGUAUUUCUCAUUAGAAAAUUGGAAGUUCACCAUAUUAUAACAUAUGGGGCACAACUGGGGUUUAACAUCAGAAAUGAGCUGUCAAGAUAAAGUCAUGAAUUAUGUUUUACAGGGAAAAGCAUUGUGGAUACAAAAGCUCUUGUAACUUUUACACUGGCUCUACAGACAGCACUAGGAGAAAAGUAAUGAAUUUUGGAGGUCAUUUUUAUUCUACAAUGUAACCUGGGAGUCUGAUUUUUUUUUAAAGUAUCACAAUUCAUUAAAACUCAGUUGAAACUGUUACUAUGCCAUUCUCUCUCUCUCUCUCUCUGCUAUCUUUUUCUUUCAAUCUUUGAGAGAAAGGCCAUCAUAUCCGGAAAGAGGAAAUUAUGAGGUGAUCUUCUCUUGGUGGAAAUUGUGAAUUUUAAUGCAGUAAUGAGAAGUUAUCGUUUGAGCGGUUUGAUUGACAUCUCUAUUGCAGCUUCAGUUUUUUUUCAUCAUCUGCUGUCAAUUCUGUUGGGAAAUUUUCAUUUUAAAACUUUUUUUUUGUCCCAUAUGUGUUUCAUAACUUUCCCUGUGUGAAAAAGGAACAAACACAAUAUUUGAUUGGGAUUUCCUACAUCAGAAUAUUGAAGCCUUUGACUGUUGUAUGCUUUGAUACAUCACUCUUCUUCCUUCCAUUUUUCCUACUGUUGAUGCCGUUACUUUUUAAGCCUAAACACCAAACUGAUGCCUUCAGAAGUUAUGUAUACUAAGGGGCAGGAAAGGUUAUUUUUCAUUUAAAGGUAAUUUUUGUGUGUAAAAUUAAUCGAUUAAGAUGUGUGUUUUAAGAUAGGUAAUAUAAAAGUCGAGAUCACGACAAAACCUAUACAGAAUAUUUCCAGACAGACGAUUUGUGUGCAGUGCUGUAACUGUUUGAGUUUUGUAUCAUUCUGAACAAUACAGGGCUUUUAUUUUGGUGAAAAUUGUGUAUAGUUGGUCUCCUCUUUGGUCAGCCUUGAGGCAAAAAUGCUCCCAUCUGUUUGGCUCUCCGUUAUCUUCGCCUCAAGCCUGUUGGGAGGUAUGAUUGCUCCACACACACACAUGCAUUCACGCUGUCUUCCCUUUUUUCUUUGCAUUAUCUCCUCUUUCAUUGCCUUUUCUUUCUUACUCUGCCAGUCCAGGCUGUGUGUGUCAAUGGCACUCUGUUGUGCUUUGUGGUGGGCCCACUUCAGGCACAGCUGUGUCUCACAAGAGUGCUUCUUCUUUCAAUAGAUAUCGACAAGGCCUCUCUUUGUGUCUCUGAAUCUGUGCCACUCACUGUAUCUUUAUUUUUCUAUUUAUUCUCUCCCUCUCAGCACACAUCCCCAUCUGUGACUAUGUCUGUCUCUCGCCUUUUAUCAUUCUCUCCUCCGCUUUAUCUGACUUUCUUUUCCUUUCUACCCGUCUUCUUUUUCCUUAUUAUGAUGCUUCAGAGUGCAGAGCUCUCCUGGUGAGUUUCAGUCUCUUCGGUGGGCACACUACAUGUGGAGAGGUCAAUAUAAUAUCUUCUCUAUACUGUUUACAGUUUAUCCUGUGCAAUAGCAGAGAUAUGUUCACAUAUUCCCCAUAUCCUGCUUUAAAGUCAUUGUUUUAAAGUGGGACGAGCUGUUGGUUUCAGUUCAGUUUGUAAUGCAGUCAUGCUUAUCUUUCAUCUGUUACCUCUAAUUCAUCUGUUUUUCCCAUUCUUAGUGUUAAAGGGGAACUUCAGCAAUUUAAUGUUUUACUUUAAUAAAGUUGGGUGUCUUUUGAGGGAUAGAUAAAACCAAGAAUGGUCAAAAUUGAAGCAGCAGAGGCUAAUAUAUCCUGACUUAAGUUCCUAGUAUGGGUCAUGACACAAAAACCCAGAAUCCUACAUUUCCCACAAUGCACCUUGAUAGUGUCUUUCACAACAUUGCAAACUUGGCCUGCAAGUAAAAGUCACAUACAUUUUUCCCAUAGACAAUAUUACGUGACUCACAGUUGAAGCAAUUUUACAGCUUUGAUUGGCAUUUAACUCCCAUGGUCAAAUCAUCAGUACAGAAGAUUAACAACUAGAACUCCCAAGGUGCAUUUAGGCAAAAAAACAUUCAAUGACAUAUCUUAAACAUCUGCACAAUCUGCAGGCUAAGUAACUUUGAUUUUGAUUUGAAAUUUGCCAACUAAGGCAACAUGUCUUGUUCACACACUCAACAACGAAGCGUUUUGAAUUUGCUCUGACAGCAAGAGCAGCUGAGGCUCAUGAGUACUGUAGUUUUUUUCAGAGCCGUCCUCCAGACUGCAAACAAACAUGAUUUUGUUGAAAUAAUUAAAACUUGUUGUUAUAACAUAAACCUGUAGGAUCAUUACAUUAUCCAGGAGAGUCCUUGUGUUACUGUAAAUUAGCUAGCAUACUUCUAAAAGCUCCCUCCAGAGCCACAGAAGACAAUUAUACAGCUAUUCUUAAAGGUUGAGUCACUCCUCAUGACCAAUAAACUACACUUCAUGCAUAAAAUCUGUAGAUUGACCCUUUAUAAUUGUAGCUUUAUCAAGGGUACUCUGACUAAUUACAGGCAACUCUUUAUGAGGUCAGUUACAUAAAAAAAAGUACAAGCUGAGGAGUGACUGGACAAAAUGGAGGAUAUAGCAAGAGAGGCAUGACCCCAGUGUGUAUAAACAGUAACUUGGGAUAUAGAUGUAAAGAUCAGCAGCAGAAACUUCAGCAAAAAUAGUAUUUGAAACGUUUCCUUUACUUGAGAGAACAACCGUGAGGAGUGCUUGAUGUUUCUUAUUGGGCUUUUGAAGCUGUUCCAGUUGUCAAGCAAACCUCAUGUGGUUAAGUAUUUGAAACGUUUUCUUUUAAAUACGUUUUUUGCUCGUCUGCUGCAGAGAACUAACAGGACUUUUAGGCCUGUUGGGCAUUUUUAAACAUUUACUGUAUCUCUAGUUAUGUUUUUUUUUGUACAUUGAAUGUUGAAAAUGUUAUAUCUUAUAUAGAAUGCAUUAUGUCAUAUCAA